UUUCUCUUCUUCCGCUUCCUCUGCUUCGUCAUGACGAAAACGUAUCUCAUGAAUGGAUUCAUCGAAAAGAUGCAAUCGCAAGACCAGGAUUUUCGAUAUAUGGGUCUGAGCGAUCUGAUGAAGGAGAUCAAAGCAGAUCCACAGUCUUAUUUUGGAGACGAGGCCAUGGAGAUGAAGGUUCUCCGGCAAGUCUUGAGCCUGGUAGAAGACAAGAUUUCUGAAGUCAAGAAUCAAGCUGUGAAGUGUUUGGGUCAGCUUAUCAAGAUCAUCCGUGAAUCACAGAUGGAGUUCGUCGUGGAUAAUCUGAUCCAAUUCACUUCUAGUAAGGAUGAAGAAUUGCGAGAUAUUGCGGGAUUAGCAUUGAAAACGAUCACAUCCGAAUUGCCGCAGGAUGGAGCCAUUGCACCCAUGGCAUGUGCAAAGCUCAUCCCCAAACUUCUCUCACAAGGAUCGAGUUCCGAAACGACUCCCGAAACACUCAUAGAAUCAUUAUCUAUUCUUUCCAUCCUCGUCACUCGCUUCCCGACUUUUGUGGCCAAAUUGAAUAUCGAACCGUCACCCGUACAAAUUCUAGCUCCUCUACUAUCCCAUCCUCGUCCUGCUGUUCGCAAACGUGCCAUCACAACCAUUGCACAUUUUAUUCCACUUUCUUCGCCACAGAUCUUUGCCGCGCUUUCAGCUUCCGAAAUUGGCCCUAAUCUCGCACCUUCUGCGAACGUGGAGAAACAGAGGACCACUGUCCAGUUCGUGGCGGCCAUCGCGCGCGCUUCACCCCAAUUGGUUGCAGUCGCAUCGAAUGACAUCGUGCCCGGUAUUCUCAAUGCACUUCGAAGGGAUGAUGACGAGAUUCGUGAAGGAUCGCUACAGGCACUGGAUGCGUUGGUUUUGAAAUGCCCAGCUGAAGUAACACCCUUCCUCUCGAACAUCAUUCAAGCGGCCAACCAAUUCAUCAAGUACGAUCCGAACUAUACAGGAGAUGUUGACGAAGACGAGGAAAUGGCAGAGGAUGCUGACGAUGAAGAUGCUGAAUUGGACGAUGAGUACUCGGAUGAAGAGGAUACCUCUUACAAGAUUCGCCGUUCUGCGACCAAACUCCUUGGUGCUAUCAUUGGCACACGACCAGAGCUUUUGAUCUCACUUUACAAAGAGGUUUCUCCCGUCCUAAUAUCUCGUUUCGGUGACCGUGAAGAGACGGUCCGAUUAGAGGUAUGGGCAACGUACGUUGCAUUGUUGACGCAAACUAGUGUAUAUGCCGGCGGACCGCAGUCCAAGGAUGCCGUAGGCGUCAAGCGGAAGCGCGAUGAAGGGGAGCUAAGCGUCGAGGAUAACGCAUAUAGUCUUCUGCAGUCACAGGUUCCCUCUCUGGCGAAGGCCCUCUUGAACCAGCUAAAGCCGCCGAAAACGUCCCCUGUCACCCUGCAGGCUGCUUUUGCUCUUCUUCGGACGUUGCUGAAUGCGCUUCCUGGCUGCCUUUCCAACCAGACAGCCGCAAUUGUUACGAUCUCCAAGUCGGUGUUGUCUCAACCCCCCACGAACUCCACAGCCACAUUGCACAUCUCAUGUCUCCAAUUUCUGUCCUUGUUCUUUUAUACACACCCGCCACCUACUUUCACUGGAUUUUUGUCAACCUUGACACCAGCUUUGCAAAAGGCUUUAGGCGAGCGACACCCUCGUGUAGCCUCCGAAACGUUCCGUUUGUUCUCUUCUCUCUUGAAUGCAAUGAAACCCGUCAAGAACCAGGAUUGGGUCGAAUCCGUUUACUCGGAAGCUAUCCAACGGCUGAGCAAAAACGAUACGGAUGCGGAGGUACGAGCUGCUGCUGAGGAUGUGAUAGCGGAUCUGUGGAUUUGCGCGACAGACGUCGUUAAGGGCAAGGAUAAAAAAGAAUGGGAGUAUAUUUGCAGGACCUCUGGAAGGACGGACAACGCUGUGAAGGCAGUAGCUAAAGUUGCUGCUGAUGUUGAUGUUGGAGUCCAGUGGAUCAACGACAGUGUGGAGUGGGCUUUGACUCUUUUGAAGAGAAGUGGAAGGGCCGGAAAAGUCGAGCUGUUCGAGUGUUUGUCUGUCCUCAUUGCUCAAUACGAGACUGUACCCACAGAUCUUCCCGUUGUCCUUGUACCCCAACUCAAGUCUUACCUCUCAACUUCCGAUAUUUCCCUUUUGUCACAAUCAUUGUCUAUUCUUGCACUUUUGUUGCAAUCUUCUCCAAAGGUCACGUUCCCAGAAGUUGAACGUGAAGUCCUCAAAGAUAUCUACGCCAUCGCACGCUCACCGCUACUCUCCGGUGCCGCUCUCGACGCUUUGCUGUCUUUCUUUUCUACUCUGGUGGAAGCAGAUUCGCAAAUCGCAGUACACGUUCUCCCGUCCCUUGUGAGCUCGGUGGACAAUGCACCAAAAAGUGAGGUAUCCCUUCCGAACGUUGCGAAAUGUGUAGCCCAAGUGGUCAAGAGCGCCCAUGGUGUGGCUGCUGGUGCUAUCGCCGAGUUCUCAAGACAUAUCAAGAGUUCGUCGAAGGCAACACCAUCGCGCGUUGUACUCAGUUUCCUCGUCCUUGGAGAAGUGGGCCGAUUUAUCGACAUGUCACCUCAGCAAGAUGUCUUCAACAGAGCUAUUGAGGAGUUUAAUGCGGAGCAGGAAGAAGUCCGUUUUGCUGCAUCCUUUGCGUCCGGUAACAUUGCGGUCGGAAAUCUCCAUCACUUCCUCCCUGCUCUUGUCAAAAUCGUGGAGCUUGAUGAUCAAAAACGGUUAUUGGCAUUGCAUGCUUUGAAGGAAGUUGUGACAUAUACAUCUCACGGUCAGCUCGAGAAUAUCACCGAGUUGCUAUGGGGUCCCCUGUUUGAAAAUUCUGAGAACGCGGAAGAAAGUACCCGGAACGUUGCGGCAGCUUGUAUCGGGAAGCUGAUCACUAUGCAUCCUGCACGAUACUUGCCUCAGAUCCAUGCCCGACUACGUGAUGAGAAAGCCACAACGAGGGCAACAGUUUUGUCUGCUGUUCGCUACACUUUUGCUGAGCCGUCACAAUCUUACGACGAAGUGAUUGCACCGCAUAUCCUUGACUUCUUGUCACUGAUGCUUGAUGAAGAUCUGAACGUUCGUCGGCUUGCCCUGUCCGCAUUCAACGCAGCUGCCCGCACGAAGCCCCAUCUUAUUCGCGACCAUCUUCCUACUCUUCUGCCCACGCUGUAUAAGGAAACGGCAUUGAAGCCUGACCUCAUUCGUGUUGUUCAGAUGGGCCCUUGGACGCACAAGGUUGAUGACGGCCUCGAAGCGCGGAAGACUGCGUAUGAAACGCUGUAUACACUUCUCGACACUUGCUUGUCGAAGAUAGACCUGACUGAAUUCAUUUCGCAUGUCCUAGUGGGGCUGGCAGAUAACUCGGAUGAGAUCAAAGUCAUCUGCCACAUGAUGCUCUUCCGCCUCUCGCAGAUCGCGCCGACGGCCGUCGCUCAGCACCUAAACGAGGUGACGCCCCUGCUGGAGGCCUCCAUGAAGGGGCCAAACAUCGGCAAAGACACUGUCAAGCAAGAACUCGAACGGGCGGCGGAGCUGCAGCGCAGCACGCUCCGCGCCAUUGCUGCACUCAGCAAGAUCAGCAGCGCAGGCACAUCGUCCCGGUUCGACACGUUAUUAGCAGAGUUGCGCAAGUCAUCACAGUGGGGUGUCGAACUGAACGAUCUGGUAGGAGCAUGAGAGUGAAGGACGAGGUGUGCACCGAGACGAUAAGCAGACAGAUGUAACGAAGAUGUAGCGAUGUGUUGUAUGCCUCGAUAAGUGUUUUUGUACGAGCCCUCAUUUACUCGGAUUAUAUUCAUCAAAAGCGCGAGCUUCAGUUUCUGAUUCG